AUGAUUACCUUGCUGGGUCUCUUGACUGUCGUGUUGAAUGUGGCUACUAUGUUUUAUUAUACGCAUGAACUAGGUGAAUGUCCUAACUGGGUCUAUACAACAUUUGGUAUUGGUUUAUUCAUUUACCAAUCUUUGGAUGCUAUUGAUGGUAAACAAGCAAGAAGAACUCAAACAUCAGGUCCAUUGGGUGAAUUAUUUGAUCAUGGUUGCGAUGCUUUAAAUACAACAUUGGGUGUCUUGACUUGGGCUUCUUCUACUUAUUUGGGUCAAAGUUGGUGGACUGUCGCCUCUUUGACUGCUAGUUUAGGUAACUUUUAUCUUUCUACAUGGGAAGAAUACCACACAGGUGUCUUGUUCUUAGGUUAUUUUAGUGGUCCUGUGGAAGGUGUCUUGAUGCUCUGUGGUGUUCAUUUGAUCUCGGGCUAUUUUGGUCCUGCUGUCUGGAUGCUUCGUAUACAUGAAGUGUUUGAUUUUAUUGACUUCUCUUAUAAUUCACACACCAAGCUAUUGGGUGCACUUCAAUUGAACCAUGUCUUGAUUGUUAUAGGUGGUCUUGUCACUUUAUUCAAUAUGGUAUCUGCUUUAAUCAAUGUCAUCUCAGUCAAGAUUCACCCUACGGACACAUCAAAGAAAGAUGGCUCUAUUCUUAAGGCUACUUUGGGCCUUGCUCCUUACUUUAAUAUGUGUUUCUGGGCUUAUCAAUGGUUAACUCUCUGGCCUGAUCUUGUGACUGAACACCUUGCUGUUUUCAUGGUCUUUUUUGGCUUGUUGUUUGGUCAUCAGGUUGGACUGAUGAUUACUGCCCAUGUAUCUAAACUCAAAUUCCCUUAUGUGAAUGUGCCUGUCAAUGCCAUGUUGAUCUCUGGCUGCCUUCUUGCCUAUUUACAAGAUUUUGUUGAAGAGUAA